AUGGGGUGCGGUAGCUCCCGGCCCAAGGCGGACGUGAGCCAGCUGCUGGGACGCUUCACAGAAGGCAGUGGCGAGCGAGACGCGCCGGUGCACGCGCUGCGAAAGGCUCUGCACCUGAUCGCAGCUGACUGCAAUGCUUCCUACGCCAGCUUGACGGUGCUGUCUGCGGACCAUGCGCACUUCAUGACGGUCGGCGCCGUCGGCAGCUGCUCGGCAGCUGUGUCGCUGCCAGUCCUUGCUGCACUGCUGCCCGCAAACUGCAGCAGCCUCGAGCCAGCCUUGAAGGGUGACGUAGGAACUAUGCCCAUCGGCGGUGCCGGCAGCCGCGACAGCGGCAGCGGCGGGAUCGUCAGCUGGCGCGCGCCCGGGGCCGGCGGCGUCCCAGCGGGCGCGCCGCCGCCGGAGGACUGGCGGCCGCUGGCAAAAGCGGGGCUCAGGGCGAUCCAUGGCGUGUGCAUCAGGGGCGGCCUGAAAGAGCAGCUGCUUGGAAUGCUCAAUGUGGGGUACACAAAUCCAGAGGACCAGGAGCUGAAGGGUGCCAUCUUCCAGACGUAUCUGGCGCUUGUGGGCGCCACCGUGUCUGCCGUGGCGAAGGAUGCGGCGCUGCAGCACUACCUGGCGUUGUCGCGGGAGCUCCAGGCCGCACAGUCCCUAGACGCCGCCGCGCACUCGGCGCUGCAGCGGAGCCGCGCGGUGCUUAAGGGGCGCGGCCCAGGCGCCGGCGGCGGCGCGGGGGCGCACCUGUGGCUGCGGCUGGCGCUGGUCAGCUCCGACAAGAGCGCGGCGAUGCUGUUCGACGACCUCACGCAGGCUGCGGCGGUGCGCGGCCACCGGCGGCCGGCGGCGACGAACAGCUUUAGCGGCAGCUUCACGCUGGUGCAGCGCAUCCAGGCGGCCGGCGGGCUGCUGCGCACAAACAUCCCCAUGCGCAGCACGAUACUGCGGAUCGCGCUCACCAACAAGAAGCAGGUGCUGAUUCCCGACGUCCAGAAGCUGAUCAACCAGCUGGGCGCCGUCAACACUGACCUCUUCGCCAGCCGCCACGUGCGGCCACCCACCAGCGUGCUGCUGCUGCCGCUGCGCGCGAGCGGGCACGGCAUAUAUGGGGGCAUCUACUGCCUCAGCGACGUGCAGACCGAGUUCACCGACAUCACAGCCCACCUGAAGGAAGUCGCCGAUCUGGUGGGCAGCAGCCUCUUCCGCUGCCUCUCCGGAGACUUGAAGGCCGAGUACGAGGACGUACUGGCGCUGACAGCGGAUGCGAUCCUGUCGCCAGACGCGCUCGACGGCUCUGGCCAUGCUGCGGAUGGAGCGGCCGCGUCGCCGCGCGGGGCGCCAACCCCUCCAAGCAAGGACUCUUGUGGCGCGGCGGCUGGCGCCCUCAACAGCAGUGGCGGCAGGACGCCCCGGGUCAGCGGCGGGGCCUCCGCGCCCGCCGCCCGCGGCGGCGGGAGCGGCUUCUCCACAGGCCCUGGGCGCGACUGCGUCGGCGGCGGCGGCGGCGCCACCGCGGAUGCCUACGAGCUGGGCAGCACAGUCAGCACCACGGGCGGCAGCGUGGUAUCUGCCGGCUGCGGCAGCUUCUCAGCCCCGGCAAACACUGCAGGGCGGAGCUUUGUCGCGCGCCAGGGCGCCAGCAGCACGGGCGCGCUGGUGACGGGCAUUACUGAGAAGCUGAACCAGCGGCGGCUGGAGGCGGCGAUGCAGGACACAGAGGGGGGAGACCUCCGGGACCUCCAGCUCACCGCCCAGAUCGGCGAGGGCGGCUUUGCGCGCGUGUUCCGCGGCCUGUGGCGCGGCCAGGUCGUGGCCGUCAAGGUUGUCGCGUCAGGGGGCCCCGGCAACGAGCGCAGCGUGAUGAAGAACGCGCACGAGAUAGCCAUCCUUUCGGCCCUCAGCCACCCGAAUAUACUGCAGGCUUACACGUGCCUCACCGACAUGCGCGUGCGCGACGUCAUCGCGUCGUGCGUGCGGCACCCGAGCGAGGCGGCGCGCGCCGAGCUCGAGGCGUGCCUGACGGCGGGUGGGUCCAACAGCUGCGGCGCGGAGCAGGACGCAAACUGCCAUAUCGAGGUCGUCGAGUACUGCGACCUCGGAAACCUCACACACGCCAUCCGCAACAACGCGUUCCGCCUGCCGCCCGCCGCCGAUUUCGAGUGCGCCUCCAUUGACGCACUCCCCGGCCUCUCCCCGCACAACCGCGCACCCACGCCCGCCGCCGCCGCCGCCGCGGGCUGCCCGCAGCCGCCCCCGGCGCUUGAAGCGCCGGCAGAGCUGCACAGCCCCGGGCACGGCGCGCGGCCGGAAGGCAGGGAGGCGCGAGACCGCGAGCGGGAGCAGCGGGAGGCGCAGGAGGCGCUGAGGGUGAACCUCACGACGCUGCUGCUGACGCUGCUGGAGGUGGCUGGCGGCAUGGCCUACCUCCACCGCAUGGGGGUGGUGCACUGCGACCUCAAGCCUGCCAACGUGCUGCUGAAGAGCUCGAGCGUGGACAGGCGGGGGUUCACGGCAAAGAUCUCCGAUUUUGGGCUGUCGAGGGUGGAGGACGACGACUCGUGCGCCACGUUCCCUUUCAACAGCUGCGGCACGGCCGCGUACGUCGCACCAGAGGCCCUUGUCACGAGCAAGAAGGUCAACUCCAGCGUGGACGUGUACGCGUUCGGCAUCAUCAUGUGGGAGCUGCUGACCGGGCAGCGCCCCUACGGCAACAUGCAGCAACAACAGGCGAGCGCCGCCGCCACAGACACGGCCAGCGUCGGCAAACAGGCCCCUUGGCGUGGUGGAGGAGGUCGUGCUGCGGGGCCUGCGCCCAACCUUCCCAGCCGGCACCCCGCCUGCCUUUGA